AUGGAUCCAUCAAGCAGGCCUCAAUGCGUUCAAGACCUGAUCAAGCGACUACAGGAAAAAACCCCAACACCCUCACAGGAUGGGCUGGUUUUGCAAGCCUUGUCGGAAGAGAUGGUGCGGCUUUUCCAGGAUGAACGGAAACCAUCAUGGUACCCCGAAGCAGCGGCAUUAUCUAAAGUCCUCUCUCGGGAAACUUACAAGACCCUCUUCGAUACCUUUGUCCUCAUCAUGGGAAAGCGAAGCACCAGUAACGCUGCGAUGGAGCAAACGCUUUUAGACUCAUUCAACUCGACUUUACAAAGUCCUACAGUUCUAGAUGUCGAACCUGACCUCGGCCGAGCCCUUGACAGCCUCCAGAAGGGUUUAGCAGAGACUGUACGCCAGGCCGGCAAUCCCACGACCCAGUAUUCUCUUAUCUAUUCAUUGUCUCUCCUCCUCGACACUAUGAGUACCCUCAAGGUCGAGGGCCUCAGCAAGGAUUAUAUCCACACUUCCUUGUUACGUCAGUUGAAGGAUUCGAGCAACAGCAAAGUGCUGCGGCUAUCUCACCGUGCUUCAUAUGCCCACCAGACUUUGGUUGGAAUCCCAAAUGAUCAAGACCCUUGGACAGCACUUUGGGAGACUUCCAUAGGCCUUUUGAGUACGGUUGGGAAUGUUGCUAGCGCGGCUUGGACCCUCAACCUGGAGAGUUUGGUUCGGGAGCUCGUGUCAAUAGACGAAACUGCAGAGAAGGCGAAAUCAUUCGUCAAGGCCAUAAAAACUUUGGUGGCCCAGAAUUCCGGGGCAGCUACAGGCUGUGAUUUCCUUGGAUCUUGCUUCCAACAACGGAAGCCAUGGUAUGAUGCACUUCGAUACACGGACCUGCUUAUACGUUCUGGGGCAUUUAUCAUGCUCAAGGAGCUCUUCUGCAGUAUGUGUGACAAUGAGGGCUCUAAGCCGGAUAAGGAGUUCUUCUGUGGCUUGUGCUUGCAGCUUGAAGAAGCCUGGAAAACUGGCGAUGAAGACGUCAAGACUCGAACUGUGGAAUUUCUGAAGGAGAACCAUACAAAGGGAUUGUCGAACUCGAAAUCUCAGCGAGUACGGGAGGCGUUCAAGUUGGUUGCCCAGACUACCAAAGACCCGAUACUCGAAAAUGCAGUCAAGACCCCUAUUGUGAAACCAUGGAGCAGGCUGGUAAAUGUCCUUUUAUGCAAGCGGACCAAAAGCUAUGUCGGCGGAGAUGGCCUUUUCUAUACACACACACAAACAGACCCUCCCUCAAGCGACUUGUUCAACACAGCCUGGAAAAGGUGUAAAAGGGCACAAGAAUUCUAUGCUGAUAUGGCCAUCCGCGACCGUUAUCUUUGUCCCACCGAAAAAACCCUCCAUAUCGUACGGCUAUUCGGGGAAUCUCUUCCAAUGGACAAGUGCUACAUCAACCUGGUAAUUUCCCAGAAAACCAGCUCGUCGGCGGAAGAUCAGGCACCCGCCAAGGCAGAUUUCGACCAAUUUUUUCUUCUUCGUCGUCUAAGGGUCGAAGAUGAUCCCGACAGCAAACCGAUUGCAAUGGAGGAUAUCUUCAAUGGCAAUGGUGGACAUGGAACGGACCAACCAAUUGAGCCAAAGAGAGUCCUCAUUUAUGGGCAGGCCGGAGUAGGGAAGAGCACGUUAUGCAAGAAGAUGGUCCACAAUUUUCUUUGCGAAAAGAUGUGGGCCAACCGGUUUGAUCGCGUGUUGUGGAUUCCAUUGCGAAGAUUGAAGGAUCCACAAGGUCGACCAGCGAGACGUACCCUGAAAGAUGUCAUACAUGAGGACCUUUUGCUAGACACCCCGGACAAAGAUCAAUUUGCAACGGCGAUGCAAGAUUUGAUCAUGACUGACAACGGGUCGAAUAGGACUCUCUUCAUCCUUGACGGACUGGAUGAGAUGUCUACGGAGCUGGGCCGAGAGUCAGACUCAUACCGCUUCCUUCGGAGUCUGCUUAAUAAACCUUACGUCAUCAUCACCUCCCGUCCGAAUCGAGUUAAUAUGCAGCAGAUUGGGGCUAUGAACCUAGUGUUGAACACGACUGGAUUUGCAAAGGAUCAGGUGCAUGAGUAUGUUAAGUCGACAGCACGAGGCCAUUCCAGUGAAAUUUUGGGUUUUAUCAGCCAACGUCCGAUCGUGCAAGGGCUGGUCCGGAUUCCGAUUCAACUCGAAGCUCUCUGCGCCAGCUGGGACCAGGGAGGCAAAUACCAGAAAAAUGCUCCAGCAACAAUGACUGGGCUCUAUCGGUCAAUUGAGCUCUCGUUGUGGCGGAAGGAUGCUUCUUGCUCUCUUGAUGAAACCGAAACCGAAAUAAGGGAAAAAGUCCAGGACCAGAUCAAUCUUGUUCAGGCAAUGGCAUUCAUUGGUCUCUGCAGCAACCGGAUAGAGUUCGAUAUAGAGGCCAUUAAUAAUAUCCGGAAGAGACUCCGCGGCAAAGAGUUCGCACCGACGACGUUGCUCCCACACAUGUCCUUUAUUCGCUCGUCGACAUCCCUUUCCGCAAGGACACAGCCGAGCACUUAUCAUUUUCUACACUUGACUUACCAAGAGUUCUUUGCGGCACAGUAUUUUGUGAAGUGUUGGCAAUCCCGGCAGGAUCUUUUGCCCGAGUCAUUGGUCAACCCUGAUCCCUCCAAGCCCGCGGAGAAAAUCACGCCUGGCAUAUUUAUCCAGAGGGAAAAGUACAGCCCGCGUUACCAUAUCUUCUGGCUAUUCGUCAGCGGCCUGCUUCAUGAGACGUGCUCGCUCGAAGAUCAAUGUGCUUUCUUCAAGGAGAUUGAAUCUUCACCGCGUGAUCUUCUCGGGCCACGACACCAACGUCUGGUCAUGAACAUUCUGAGCCAGAGAGAGAGAAGUCGACCGCACAAUCAGAUCGUUCAACGGUGGGAGGACUGUCUAUCUGAUUGGCUCUUGUUCGAUAGCGAGUUCAACUCGCGGAGCUAUCUGGCUAGGGAAUUCGAACUCCCCGAACGGGUUUUGGAAAAAACCAUAGAAAGGUCGGCGAAUGUGGCCUCGCACCCGGACAUGUUGGUAGGGACAUUGUUCGAGUCCAUGAGACGCAGGGAAGCGGUGCUGUCGCCAAACCUCGUCUUGUUAGCCACCACUUGGCUGCGCGGUGGGAAAUUCAAAUUGGUAAGAACGAUUCUUUGGGCUCUCCAUACUCAAACAGGCCUCUCCGAGGAAUGCCUUCGAGCUGUUGCAGGGUCGCUUUUCCAACACACAUCGUGUUCUUUCCCCGGUCUACAGACUCUACGUAUCCAAGGCAACCUACCUGACGACGUACUGAUGACGGUUACGCGCUUCUUGUUUUAUAGGAAGGCAUUUUGGUCUAAUCAGGAGCAUUGCAUUGAGAUCCUACGUCAACAACAAUCAUUACCCGACGACGUUCUCAACCGGUUGAGAGCAAGACUGAGUAAUCCGCCGCAGCAGAUAGGGGAAAUUCUGGACGCGCUUUUACAGCAGUUUCGUAACAGGAUGGACCCUGAGGAAGACUCCAGUGAUGGUCAAGGAUAUGAAAGCUUUGAAAUUGAUGGUGUCGGUUCGGUGAAUUUGGAUGCCUUGCCAGAGUUACUGGGUAUGCUCAGCAGCCCUAAUCGGAAACAAACGAAAAUGGGAGCAGCACAGGCAAAUAAGAUAGGUCAGGAAGAUGAGCCUCUGUCCACCGAGGUAUUACAAAAGUUGGUCGAGCUCGCCACCGACAACGACAACAACAACAACGGCAAGAUGAAGGAAGCUCAAAAGGCCUUGGGGAGCGUUACAUCACUUCCCACAGAUAUCCUCAAGGGACUCAUCCUCGACAAACGUCAGAGCAAGUGGGCCUGGAAGCUGCUCCUGAAGCACCACCGUAAUGCGGCUGAAAUCAUCCUGCACCCGGAGAUGACGGACCAAGACAUGGAGACGCUGUAUCGCCUUUGGCUGAAAGUCGCCUUUCGUCAUUCCUGUAGCUGGCACCUGUCCGGGCCCACGCUCUGCUUGGGCAUUGCUGACGCAUUCCAAGAGUGCCGGUUUAACCCGCCGCGUACAGUGACACGGGCGACCUUCUUAGCACGAGUGCAGAAUGCGCGUCAUGUAAUAGAAGACGAAACGGGCAGGGCUUUCUCGUUAGGAAUGAAGGAGGCGAUUACUACUGAGGAGGAGGAUGAUGAGGAGGUUUUAGUUUCUUGA